AUGUCGAGCUCAGUAACUGAGGGCGAGGCGGUGGGGACUGACGCCUCCAAAUGGUGGUGGAAACCAUGGAAAACUAUGGCGGACCUGGCCGAAGCCGUUGACGAUCUCAUAUGCAGCUUCGAUUACAUGGACACAGCUAUGGACAAUCUAGUCAUGUUAAUAUUUAUCUGGAUAGUUUUCUCCAUCAUCCUUCUCGGUGUCGCCAAGUGGGCUUACGGAAAAUUCGGUUCUAAGCCGGCGGAAUCCGAGAAAGUGACGAAACCGAUCGACGAGCCUAAGAAGUCGACAGCGAACGAAAUUAUUACAAGUUCAGAUAGCGUCCUCGCUACAAGCGCAAAAGUUAAGAGUGGGUCCUUUAAGCCAACGAAGACCAGCUUUGUGCCAGCUACUCCGCCAAACAAAAAGCGUUUGGGGCGUAUGUCCCCUGGCCCCGAGCAGUUAAACAUUAAGAAGCAUCAGAGCGUAAUCGUUCCGACAUGUACGGGAGCCGACCCUGUAAGCGUCACCUGGGUGAACGAGUUAUUGACUUGGUUAUAUAACGAUCUUGUUAUUGUGAAUGAAUUAGUGCAACAAUGGAUUGUUUCUAUAAACGAGUUCUCGAAGAAAUCCGUCGAGGAGCAUGGAAUCGGAGUGGAACUGAUCCGAGCGCUGGACUGCAAUCCACCAAACAUCUCCAACGUAUUCUGCGAAUGCGACUCAAGGGAUGAUGUAACCAUAACCUGUGACUGUGAGGCGACUCCAGCGUUCCAGUUGAAGGCCUUCAGCCAGCGAGGGGAGAAGGUGGAGGUGUCGCACUACCGCGUCAAUGUCAACAGAUACCGCGCGCGUCUAAACGUGGUUUGUGUAACCGACAAGCUGACAGGCGAGUUAAAAUGCGACGGCUGGCCCGAGGUCAAGGUCGCGUUGGCACCGGUUGGGCCCUUGAGGCCCAAUACCACUGAAAGCAAUCUGCAACAAAUUGUCAGCGACAUAGUGGUGAGCGCACUACGCAACACGCAUUUCCAGUUCAAUCUGGCCCCGUACCCGACGUGUCCAAGGUUGCGACGUCAUGUUGCCGAGGUCUCACCAAGACUGCCGCUGCAUUAUGACUCUAUGUUACAACAAGACAGACAUAUGUACACGUCCACUCCGAACUCAACUGCAAAUAACAUGGGGCAUUUGGGGGACAAAAGGCUGCUGGUUAAAGUUGUGGGCGCUAAGGACUUGGGAGGAAAAUCAGGUUGUGUGGCACCAUACUGCGUGGUCGAAAUGGACGAACCUCCACAGAAGAAUCAGACCGCGUUCAAAAAGGAUACCACGUCGCCCCAGUGGGAGGAGCACUUCCUUUUCGAGCUGUCCUCGCAGAGUGCGGAGCUCUUGUUCGAGGUAUACGACCGCACUGUACCGCCGUCGCCGGGUAGCGUUACUUCAAGUCACAGGUUUCUGGGUCUGGGUCUGGUGGGCAUGGACGAGCUGACAACAGCGCCGUCGCAGCGCCAGCAUAUCGCGCUGCAGCCGCGACCCAUGGAGCAGCACGACGUCAGCGGCACGCUCACCGUCGAGUUCCUGUUCAUAGAGGGCGCGGACCUCCCGGACCUGGGUUCGAAGCCGUUCAAGAUCAAGGAAAGUCUGCGUACUGUCUCCCCACUGGGACAACUCACGACAACCACAAAAACUAUAUUCCAACAAAAUGGUCAAGAUAAUUCACAAUUAACUGAAUCAGCGUUAAGGGAAUUGGAACUAAGUCCCCCUAGCGCCACAAAUAAAUCUACCCUCAUCAUACACUCCGUGCAACGGGAGCCGAUGAAAUCCAUAAAGGUCGAAUUAACCGACUCGGGCAAAUUCAUCGAAGUGGAGAAAGAGGGGGCCGAUGUCACAAAGCCAGCCGUCGAAAAACCGGAAAAAUCAAUGACUAGUGAAGUACAAAAAUCGGUAACAUCGAGUCCGAAUCAGUCGCCCGGGAAAACUGUGAGGAUAAAGGAGAAUGGAGCUAAAGCUAAUGGCGACACUGCGGAACCCGCGAAGCAAGGUGACUACGUAAACAACCAGGAGAAUCAGCCACCAGAGCCGGCUCCAAGAAAACGUAGACGAGAUUUCUUUGGAACAAUAAAGAGAAGACUCGGUCGAUCGCGUACUCGAGGACAAUCGUUGGAUCUCCAGGACUCUGACGUCGAUCAGCGACUGCGCAGUGUCAGUGCCGAAAGAAAUACACACGAUAAAGUAAUGGCCCUCCCAAACAGAAAUGUAUACUCAGCAGGAGCAUCGCCAGCUCAGUCUGGUGAUGAAUCUAGGACAUCUAGGAGGUCCUCUCUUAGCGAAGCAUCCGGCUUUAGCACAGCUUCGGCGAGGACAUUUAUCCACGAAGCGUCCACUUUAGUCCUGGAAACGAUUGAGGCGGGUAUAAAGAAGCACUACCUGGUGCCGCUGACCAUCGCGCAGAGAUCAAGAUGGCGGCGGAAGGGUGUGAAACUUCACAUAUAUAACGAACACACAUUCAUUGCAAAACAUCUUAGUGGUGGCACAGUUUGUGAGGUGUGCGGCAAGACCGUAGCCCGGCGGCUGGGCAAGCAGGGCUACGAGUGCCGCGACUGCAGCUUCAAGUGCCACAAACACUGCCACGUCAAAGUGCCCUCCAUGUGUCCAAACUCCACCGUGCACAAUAUGGAGCUGGCUUACAUCUCAUCGCCAUACACGGAUAAGAAUAUAAGAAUGUUGUAA